CUACUGGUACAAUAUAAAAAGGCUUGCAGGACAUGUUAGACAGAGAACCUUAUUGAACAGCAGAUCAAAGAGACACCGAAUCCAAGGAAAGCAGAAAUGACUUCCCCUGAUACUCCAGAUACCAUCCUGUUUGCAGUAAAUAAGUCUUCUUUUGCCAAAGCUGGAUUACCACCCAAGAAUAUUAUGGAUAGUUUUGAUGCCAGAGCUUCCACUGUAGGGAAGCUGAAUAAUGUCACUAAGAUUGUCUUUAGCCCAGAAGGGGAGCUCUUCGCUGUUUGUGGAGGAGAUUUGUACACGGGCUCUAUGCCUUCAGAAGAAAAUCUGGAUUGGUUCUCUAAGGCCAGAAGAGUUGGAAAGUUUGACUGGAAUAAAUUUAAAUUUCUGCUGUUUAAUCCUAAUGGGCUUCUGUAUGCAGUUACCAAGGAUGGCGAGCUGUACAAGGGCCCAAAGCCAGACAAUGAAAAUGUGUCCUGGCUCUAUGGCCAAGCCACCAAAAUUGGAAUCCGUAGCUGGAAUAGAUUUGAUGCCCUCUUCUUUGACCCUAAAGGUAUCAUGUAUGCAGUGACUGAUGAUGACCGCCUUGUGAUGAGAAGCCCCCCAACUGGACCAGAUGACAGAUGGCUUGACACCAGCACAACCAUAGGAAAUAAAGGCUGGCGUAUCCUCACCCAUUUCAUGGCUUUCAGCCCGGAGGGAGACCUGUGGUGCGUUGAUUCGAACAAUGGCAACAUCUAUAAAGGGAGAGCCCCAACCAAAGAUGAUACCGCCUAUAUUGACAAGGCAGAAAAAUUAGGCUGGGACUACAAUACGUUCCCUUUGCUUUCCUUCACCAUUGAUAAAACCCUGAAGAGUAUCGUGAGCUUUGAAUUCCUGCCAGAUUCAGGAAAAAUUAUAUCCCAAGGCAAUGAGGUUGUGCAAUCUCAAAUUUAUAACAACAAGAGCAGUGUCCCAUUAAAGCAUACCUUCUCAUUUUCAAAGACCAUUACUGAGACCAGCACCUUCACCCAUGAACAUGGUUUUUCAAUAGACAUUGGUGCAGAGAUCAGCUUUAAGACUGGAGUUCCAUUUAUAGCUGAAGGUGGGGUAAAAAUCUCUGUUAACAUGAGCACCACCCAUACCUGGACCUUUACAGAGACCAAUACAACACAGACUUCCUUUUCCUCCAGUUCAGAUGUUGAAGUUCCAGGAGGGAAAUCAAUACGUAUGGUGGCAUCUGUCACAAAGGGACAAAUGGAUGUGCCAUACCGUGCCAAGAUACGAACAAUGUUUGGCUAUGAAACUUACAUUGAGGGCAUCUGGAAAGGGGUCAACCACUAUGAUCUGAUGGUAACUCAAGAAGAGUAUCAACCAUGAGAUGGACAUGACAUGAUCUUACCAUAGAUUCUCUCAUGUUUAAGGUCAUCUAAUCUACGCUAAAAUUACUUAAGCUUAAUUAGUUUGCAACUGCUUAAAAAGAAAGAUACAUUUAUAAACUUUUAACACAAACAUAAAUAUGCAAUGCAGGGUUUGAAUUUAUUUGUCUAUAUUAUUAUAUAAAAACAAUGAACAACUUUCUGUGCAUUUACAAUUCUACAGGACAAAUCAAGAUGCACAUGUGAUACAAAUCAAGACAAUGACGUCUUUGCAAUUAAUUUAGUGAAUAAAGGUUCAUUCAAUAAUAACAAUUAUUAAUAUAGUGCCAACACAGUGCUUUAAAUAGGUUAACAAAACAAACAUCUAAAUCUAACAGAACAUGUAUGACAUAAGGAGCAGAAGAUAAAGAGGGCCUUGUCCAGACGAGCUCACAGUCUAAAUCUCUGAUAACCUUCUCUAGGUGAGAAUCGGAAUUACCUUGUAAGAAGCCAAUAUAUUUUCUUACCUUAAGGAGCAUGUUUUGUUUGCUUA